ACCUCGCGCCAGCAGCAGACGCUCCUCGCGCUCUCUGAGUCUCCACAUCCUCCAGUCCAUGGAUUACACAGUUUCCCUCCAAGUGGAACAUCAGCUGUCGGUGUUUCCCACGCACCUCUACCAGGAAUACAGCGUGGAGGUUCAGAUGAAGUCAACAGAAGUGGAUCACGGUCUUUUCACGGACAGUUACUGCAAAGUGUGCAGCGCUCAGCUCAUCUCCGAGUCCCAGAGGGUGGCCCAUUAUGAGAGUCGGAAACACGCCAACAAAGUGCGUCUGUACUACAUGCUACAUCCUGUGGAUGGAGGCUGCCCCGCCAAGAAGCUCAGAACAGACAAUGGCAGCGACAAAGGCGACGUGGACAAGAAUAAGUGCUGCACGCUGUGCAACAUGUCCUUCACCUCUGCCGUGGUGGCACAGUCACACUACCAGGGAAAGAUCCACGCCAAGAGGCUAAAACUGCUGCUGGGGGAGCAGCCGGUCAUCACAGCCAUAGAGGCGUCCCCCAGUCCUGUGAAGACAUCCCCAGACUCCUCCCCCCUGACGUCCCCCCGACAGCGCCGGGACUCGGACCGGUACUGCCAGCUGUGCAACGCCUGGUUCAACAACCCCGGCAUGGCCCAGCAGCACUACGACGGGAAGAAACACAAGAAGAACGCCUCGAGAGCAGACCUGCUGCAGAGCCUCGGGAAGACCCUGGACAUGGGAGAGAUGAAGGGUCUGAAGCGCAGCUACACAUGUGAAGUGUGCAGCGUCACUCUGAACUCGGUGGCUCAGUACCACGCACACCUGCAGGGCUCCAAGCACCAAAACAAUCUGAAGAACCAGAUAUGUGUCCAGUGAUCGUCGCAGAGAUGAAACUCUUGGAUUGAUGUCAGACAGGCUGAUGGUCAGCUGUCCCUCCAUCCUGCUUCUACUCCUCCAUCAUCUCUAUCUCUGUCUUUUUAAAGGAGGAUUAUAAGGAGAUGUUUUGUACCACUCCAGCACUGCAUCAGCUCUCACCUGUGGGAACAGAGUGGUGUAGGAAUGAGUCCUAAACCCCAGAGAAAAGUCAGCAUUUUACCACUUCCUGUCCGACGUCAAUGGUUCUCUGAAUGUGAUUUUGGUUGUUAUCCUGAAAUAAGGUCUGUCGUUCACACAAGCUGAAGAGAUUGUAAUGUUUUGUUCUACGACUUAAAAAUGUGUCAGUAAAUACCCUUUAAUUUAAAAACAGUGGUUGCUAACAAGUGUCUAAAUGAGACGACUAAACGUCAUCACGACCAACAUUAGCCGCGUUUAGCUUAGCGGUGGUGACGUGAAGUCAUGUGACCGUGCUGUAGUUCCUUUAUAGCCCAAC